CCUCGGUGUGUCAUCGGUGGCGGCCGGACUUUGACUGCUUGUGCGCUCAGAUGGAGUAAAAGAUGACUCACCGCGCUCAUCUGGCGUCUUUAAUGCCUCUCACUAAUUCCAAAAUCUUUAACGAGUAAUAAUAACGAGAGGGAGUGAGCGGAGAAUGCAGCAGCUCAGUGUCCCAGCAGCUGUCCUGCUCCUGCUCCUGCUGUGUGGGACAUUUCUGUCCAGUGCAGGACUGGAGGAGUUCGAGACACCAGACUGGAGGAAGACUUUAAAAACCAUCCGGAACGGAAUUCACAAGAUAGACACAUACCUGAACUACGCUCUGGAUUUAAUCGGAGGAUCUGAUGGACUGUGUCAGUUUAAAUGCUCUGAUGGAUACAAACCCAUUCCCAGACCUCAUUACAAACACUCGCCGCCCAACGGAUGCGGCUCUCCGCUGUUUGGAUUUCAUUUUGAUAUCGGGAUUCCGUCUAUGACUAAAUGCUGUAAUCAGCACGACCGCUGCUAUGACACGUGUGGACGAGAGAAACACGACUGUGAUGAUGAGUUCCAGGUUUGCCUGGAGACCAUAUGCAGGCAUGUACAGGUCACACUGGGACUGGACCAGAGUGUACAAGCGUGUGAAUCGGCAGUGACUCUGCUUUUCGACGCCGUCAUGCACCUGGGCUGUAAACCCUACCUGGACAGCCAGAGAGCUGCAUGUAUCUGCCACUAUGAGGAGAAGAUUGACCUGUGAACAGCUGUGCUUGGGCUCCGAAACUGUCUGAACGUCUGAAGAGUCAAAACUCCGUCCUCGAUGUCUGCAACACUGCGCAGUUUAAUGUUUCCGUCAUUUUAAAGGUGCCGUGCGUGAUGUUUCAAAACCUGUAAUAAUCUAAUAAUAUAAAAGAUACUUUGAAAAACUGUGGUUUAUAAUAUCGCUAUGCAGUGCACCUUGCUUUUUACGGUUACAUUUUUUCUGGCCCUGAAAUUAGUUCUGUCCCCAAUCAAAAUCAGAGCUGCUCAGCUGGGGCUCUUUUCUGUAAAUGGUAACUCGUGAGGUUUUUCUCUGAAGAGACAGAAGAGAAAUGUUUGUCAGUGGUUUUCAUUGCUGAAAAUAUUAGGCACUGGAGAAUGUUUAUUUUUUAAAGUGUCAUUUUUUUAAUUUAUUUUUUUUGGAAACCUGAUAUCAUAUCAUAUCCCAAACUCGACAAGAUUUUUAAAUUUCUUUACUGUGACUGUUAGAAAGUUGUUGUUUUUUUAAUCAGGCUUAAAUGUGUCUCAGGAAUGAGAAAAGUUCACUAUGCACUUGUUUUGUGUUUGUUCAGUGCAUUAUGGAGUUAUGGAUGUCAGAAAUAAUCAGAUGUGAACACACGUUUUCCUUUGUACUUUACAUCUUAUUUUCACUUUUUGUUUCAGCCCUGCCCCUUUUCCUCUAAUGUUGGGCUCUUAGUCCCUCCCCCUCUUUUCCUCUAAUGUUGGGCUCUUAGUCCCUCCCCCUCUUUUCCUCUAAUGUUGGGCUCUUAGUCCCUCCCCCUCUUUGUCUCUAAUGUUGGGCAUUUAGUCCCGCCCACUCUUCACUCUAAUGUUGUGCUCUUAGUCCCUCCCCCUCUUUUUCUCUAAUGUUGUGCUUUUAGUCCCUCCCCCUCUUUUCCUCUAAUGUUGGGCUCUUAGUCCCUCCCCCUCUUUUCCUCUAAUGUUGGGCUCUUAGUCCCUCCCCCUCUUUUCCUCUAAUGUUGGGCUCUUAGUCCCUCCCCCUCUUUUCCUCUAAUGUUGGGCUUUUAGUCCCGCCCACUCUUCACUCUAAUGUUGUGCUCUUAGUCCCUCCCCCUCUUCCCUCUAAUGUUGGGCUCUUAGUCCCUCCCCCUCUUGUUGGGCUCUUAGUCCCUCCCCCUCUUUUCCUCUAAUGUUGGACUCUUAGUCCCUCCCCCUCUUGUUGGGCUCUUAGUCCCUCCCCUUCUUUUCUCUAAUGUUGGGCUCUUAGUCCCUCCCCCUCUUGUUGGGCUCUUAGUCCCUCCCCUUCUUUUCUCUAAUGUUGUGCUCUUAGUCCCUCCCCUUCUUUUCUCUAAUGUUGGGCUCUUAGUCCCUCCCCUUCUUUCCUCUAAUGUUGGGCUCUUAGUCCCUCCCCUUCUUUUCUCUAAUGUUGGGCUCUUAGUCCCUCCCCUUCUUUUCUCUAAUGUUGGGCUCUUAGUUCCUGCCCCUCUUGUUGGGCUCUUAGUCCCCCCCCCCCCUUCCUCUAAUGUUGUGCUCUUAGAACAUCAUGAGCAUGUGAAUCGCACAGUAAACAGUGUAAAAACCUAAAUUAGAAUUGUUGGUUGUUUGGAUUUACAUUUCAUGUUUCAUUACUUUUGACACUAAACUCCACAGUGCACACGAGUGUUAGUGAAUGGUUGUAAACCGCACCGCUGGGGGAAAGUGGUGAUGAUGAUGAUGAUGAAGAGCUCUGAACACACAGAGGGACUCGGGAACACAAAUGAAUCCUGAGGAUGAAAAUAAUUUCCCAGAAUUCCCGCUGGUGCCCCUGAGUAGCGCUGUGUUUACACACACUGUUAGUUUUACUAUGAAUUCUCGCUGAAGCAGUCUGUGCAGUCAAAUACAUGUUUUAGUCAUUUAUUUUCCUUUCUGUAAAGAGACUACCGGGUUUUAUAUGGAAUGGUGUAAACUGUAACAGUCUUUGAAUGAAGAAAACUGCCUGCUUGAUUUGAGAGACGAACUGCACUUUAUUUAUUAAUUAUUAAUGAGGUAGAGGAUUCUCCAUCAUGCAGUUGUGGUGUAUGGGGAAUUAUUUUUUACCUCAAAUAAAAUCAUUUCAAUCCUG